UCCGACUCCACCCUGCAACAACAACACCCAUACAGAUUCUCGGCUUCUCCUCUUAGCGUCGGAGAUCUGUUGAUAUGUCCGGGGUAAAAGUUACUGCAUCGUUGGUUCAAAACGGGUUGAGCCAUGAUGAGCCAUGUUGAUUCAUGACUUAUGUCCAGAAUUCUCGGCUUGGCAUCUCUCCUGCCCUCUCUAUAUGAUGGUUGUCUUCCGCCGUCUCAAGAUGGAUUUUCUCAUCAUCAAACACGUCCGCAUCGAACGUGCCCCGGGGAGGAAUGGCUGAGAAACGACUUCCGAAAGGCGCACCCUGGCCCGAGACCAACAGCGCGUCUGCUGUCGAGAUCAAUGCCUCCCCGGAGGACAAUACCACUCAGGCUCCCGACUUUGAGCUGACCGGCCUACCGUUGGCUCUGGUCAUCCUUGGCCUUGGUCUCGCCAUCUUCCUCAUGUCGUUGGACUCGUCGAUCAUUGCAACUGCCAUCCCCCGCAUCACAUCCCAGUUCAACAGCACCGGGGACAUAGGCUGGUAUGGAAGUGCAUACUCCUUCGCCAUGUGCGCUCUGCAGCCCAUUGCCGGCAAGCUGUUUGCAAGCUUUCCCAUGAAGGGGAUGUUCCUUGGGUGUUUGGCCGUGUUUGAGCUUGGUUCACUGCUGUGUGCCCUGGCUGUGAACAGUCCAAUGCUCAUUGUCGGGCGCGCGAUCGCCGGAGCUGGGGCAGCCGGAUGCUUCACGGGAGCCUUUUGCAUCGUCGCGGCAGCUCUCCCGCUUGCCAAGCGCCCCUUCUACGUGGGAAUCCUCCAGUCGACGUUCGGCAUCGCGACCAUCAUCGGACCUAUCCUAGGCGGUGCCUUCACGCAGCACGCGACAUGGCGGUGGUGCUUCUGGAUCAACCUACCCAUUGGCGCCAUCACGAUCGUGGCCCUGGUCUUCUCCUUCAAGCCGCCCCCGCGUGACUCCUCUACAACUUCUCCUAUCCUGCAUCGACUGAAGAGCUUAGAUCUGAUCGGUGCUUUGCUCUUCGCUCCGUCCAUAAUCAUGAUACUCCUGGCCCUCCAGUGGGGCGGAACCUCCUACGCGUGGAAGAGCGCCACCAUCAUCGGACUCUUCAUCGGCGGCGCAGGGCUCGGCCUAGUCUUUGCCUGCUGGCAGGUCUACAAGGGCGACGGGGCCAUGAUCCCCCCGCGCCUGAUGACAGAACGCACCAUGCUUUUCUGCUGCCUCGGGGAAUUCUGCGCCAUGGGCGCCGUCUACAUCUCGAUCUACUAUCUUCCUGAAUGGUUCCAAGUCAUCAAGGGCGCCUCCCCGAUCAAGUCGGGCCUGAUGUAUCUGCCCCUGGCCCUGUCGGACGUGCUCUCCGCCACGCUUACGGGCGCCUCCCUCAAGUACCUGGGGUACCCGAACCCCUACCUGCUGCUCGGCACGGCGCUGAUGAGCAUCGCCACGGGCCUCUUCUCGACCUUUACCCUCACCACCUCGCACGAGCACUGGAUCCCCUUCCAGGUCCUCCAGGGCCUCGGCGCCGGCAUGACCCUGUCCAUGCCCUACGUCGCCACGCAGACCGUCCUCGACCCCGCCGACAUUCCCGUCGGCACCUCCCUGCUCCAGUGCUUCCAGUUCUUCGGUGCCGCCGUCAACCUCGCCAUCGCCGAGGCCCUCUUCGACAACAAGCUGGUCACGGGUCUGGGGGAUCUCGGGCUGCCCGCCGCGGAAGUCGAGCGCAUUGUCAGCGCCGGAUCUGCGGAAGUGCGCAGCGUGGUUCCCUACAGUGGUCUGCCUGGCGUGCUGCAUGCCUACAACCACGCGCUCACCACCACCUUCUACGUCGCUGCGAGCUUUGCCGCUCUGGCCUUUCUGCUCUCGCUGGGCGUCCGGUGGAGGAGUGUCAAGCCGCCGAGUUCGAAGGCUAUUGCUGCUGCUGCAGCGAAUGCGGACGCGGAUGUGGAGGCUAGGUGAUCCGGUCUUGUUGGUGUGGUUCUGUGGUAUAGAUUUUGUUUCCAGAUGUGUAUUUUUGAUAUUUAGAAUUAUAUAUGUCAUUUAAUGAUUGUAUACUAACGAGAAUCUACUG